GUUGUUGUUGUUGUUGUUGUUGUUGUUGUUGCUGAGAGAUCUGCGGCCUAUGACUUUGGCUAUCAUCCCAGCGCCGAAGAGUUUGACAGUCUGCUGCGGGAGACGCGCACCUGGACGCGCGAUUUGCUGGCCAAUGAGCGGCGCCGCGAGAACUAUGUGCCCCGCUACACCUAUCCGGAGCAGGCACCACCCAAAGCCGAAUUGGACUUUCAGCUGUUCAGCGACGAUCAGGAGCAGCAGGCACAGCAGCCGUAUGUGUAUGAGUCUGUCGCACCACUCGAGCCACAGCCAGAGCAGCAUGUCCAGAGCGAACUGAUAGAGAUUAGCGAUGUUCCAGCAGCGGGAGCAGCAGCAACAUCUGGAAACAGCAGCAGCAGCAACGGCGGCAGCAAGUUUCCCAUCUUCUUUACCAAUCCCGCCACGGGCAUUGUGUAUGCCAUUAGCGAAGUGGGUCGGAACACCAAGUCGCAGACGUGGCCCGGCAAUGGCAGCGACACAGAUGCCAUUGACAUCUAUGUGACCAAGGCCCAGUAUGAUGCCGAUUUGCUGGCGCUGCAUCAGCGCUACGAGAAACAGUGCGCCGCCCCGUCCCAGUCUCAGUCCCAGUCCCAGUCAGUGUUGUCCACAUCCAGCUUUAAGCCGCCUGCUCUGGGCACAGCGCGUCCGCAGAUCAUACGCCUGCAGAAGCCCCCCAAAAAGUCGACAGUUCCAAGUUCCCCAAACACAGCCGCCGGCAAUAACAAGCUGCCGCCUAGACCGCCUCCCAUAAUGGUGGCCAGCGGCACGACGGGCAGCAUUAGCGAUCAGCUGCUCAAGCUGCCCACAACCACGACCACGACCAAGCCUCGGCCUCGUCCCACACCCGGCAAAACCCAAAAGCCCAAGCGGAAUAAGCGGAAGAAGAAGAAGAAAACGCAAAAACAUCGACCGGGACACAAGUUGACGACAACAACAACAGGGCCACAGAUUGUGCUGGGCAAACGCACGACCAGCAGGCCAGGAUCAAUAGCCGCACCUCCGGCCACACAGCUGGAGAAGCCGCACAUGCCACUGCCCACAGCCGCACUGGCAGCCGCCAGCAGCAGCGGCACCAUCUUCAGCGACAAGCCCAUCGCCAUCUCCAGCGGCUAUAUUGAGCUACCACAUCGUUUGAGGCGCCGCUCUGUGGAUGCCCUACCCAGCACAUCGGCGGGCGCCCGACCUGUCAGCAGUGGCCGGCCCCGGCCCAGGCCCAGCGGCAGCAGCAACGGUCGGCGUCGACCAAGUACCAGCGGUAACAGCCGCAAACGUCCCGAUACGCCCUCGUUGCCAGCCAAUCCCGCGACUGGAGGCAGCGGCUACCGUGUACCACACGCCGUCCACCUGCUUCAUGCCCGGCACAAUGGGAGCGACGAGCGUGCUGAGCGGGAGGGCAGAAAGCACAGCGCUGAGGGGAUUCUUGAUAUAUUUGAGCUGUUGACUGGCGAUGAUUACGAGGACACGGAUGACUCCUACUACGAGCAAGACGCCAACGAGCAUAUUGCAAUCAAUAAACACAGCAGCAGCAGCAGCAGCGAGAAGCCGACGCAGGAACAAAACAGCAGCUCGGCGGAGGAAGGCGCCGACUUCGGUGCAAUGGAGGAAGAGCUGCCAAGCAUUAUAAAAAGCACCACCACCAGGAGCACCACUACCACCAAACCCAAAACCACCACCACCAGCACCACAGAGCCAGCUACAGAGCUGGAGAAGCUCGACAGCAAUAAAAACAGCAUGAGCAAAAAGCGCAUCAGACGCCGUCCGCCCGGUCCCAGUUCCGAUGAUUACUAUGAUGACGAUGAUGUUGAUGAUGAGGAUGUGGAGAACGAUUUGGACGCGGACUCUGAUUCGAUAACGGAUUCAGGCAUUGGCAGCUUCUUUCGCAUGAUAUUCUAUCCGGUGCAGGUGGCAAUGUCGCGCAUCUUUGACGGUAUUACGGGCCAAACGGACGAGGACGAAAGUGUGUCCUCGGCUACAACGAAGCCCAAAUAUCCCAGCUAUACGCUCUAUCACAGCGCCCACAGCCACAACUCGCUGCCCGACGACAGCUACGCGGAUGAGGAUGAGGAUGAGGAGGACGAUGACGGCGGCUCGCUCGGCAGCUGGUUUGGUUCUUGGUUUGGCCUGCGCCGUCGCACCAAAAAGAUUGGCAGCACCACAGCCAUGCCCGCGGCGCCGCUGCCUCUGCCAACGCCUGCCCCAACGCCCACAGAGCCAGCCGGGUGGCUGGAGUCCUGGUUCGGAUUUGGCAAGACAACAACGGAGGCGUCCAGCGAGGAGACUGACUAUGACAAGUGGUUCGCCGGCUGGUUUGAUGGCACGUCCAAGCGUCGCCGCAAAACAACAACAACGACGACCACAACGACAACAACAAUGCCGACGCCCCAGGUGCCCAUAUUGACCAUUGUGGAUCCGUUGCGCAAUCCGCAAAAUUGGAUUGGCAUAUUGGCGCAUCACAUAGUGAAUGCGACCGGCGGGGGUGUCGCUGGCACCACCAAAAACCCGCUGCAGGAGGCGCUGGUCACAGGUGUGAGCAGCACGACGAGCGCCAAGCCGGAGCUGCCGCGACGCAUCAGCUAUGACAAGUAUCAGAUCUGGCGACUGAAGCCGCAGGAUGAGCCGCAGGUGCGCGCUUUGGAGGAGUUCAAGUCGAGCGAGGACGGCAACAAGCUGCAGUGGUUAAAGGGGCCCAGUCUUAGAGGCCUCACCGAUGUGCUGGUGCCGCCCAAGAUGCUGGUCGACUUUCAGGGCACGCUCAACUUCGAGGGCAUUGCUCACGAGGUGCUCAUCUUCGAUGUGGGCAAGGCCAUUGCCUAUGAGCGCAACAAGGAUUACUAUCUGUACACGACGCCCGCGGCGACUAAGCGACCCAUCAAACAGCCACCGACGCCGCCGCCCCUGACCUGGAACAAGUACUACGAAUACGACGACAUACUCCGCUAUCUGGAAGCGAUGCGCAUGCGGCACACGCAGCUCGUCGAGCUGAUACACAUCGGACGCUCCUUCGAGGGUCGACCGCUGAUCGUGGUCAAGAUCGAGUCCAAGCAGAUGGCCGCUGCGGCCAGCGCCGCUGCUGCCGCCAGCCAUAAGCGGCUCAAGCACAAGCGUCGCUCCGGGCGUGCCAAUGCCGUGUUCAUAGAGGCUGGCGCCCAGGGUCUGGCCUGGAUUGGACCCGCUUCGGCCACGUGGAUGAUCAGCGAGCUGCUGCGACUUAUGCGCACAAACAAGUCCGAUGAGGAGCACGAGUUUGUAAGGAACACCACCUGGUACAUAAUGCCAGUGCUCAAUCCGGAUGGGUACGUGUAUAGUCAUGACUACGAUCGAUUCUGGAAGAAGUCACGUUCCCAUCAUGUGGCUAAGCAACCAGCUGGACUGCUCGAUUCGGCGAUGACGUGGCUUCAGCAGAAGCGUCAUGGCGAUAAGAUUUGUUAUGGGGUGGACCUGGACCGCAACUGGCUGUAUCAGUGGGGCAAACGGGGUAGCUCCAAGGCGCCCUGCAAUGAAUUUUAUGCCGGUCCGUCGCCCUUUUCUGAGCCUGAAACAAAAGCUGUGUCCGACUUUCUGAUGGACUAUCGCACCCAGAUCAAGCUGUAUAUAUCACUGCAGGCCUAUGGACAGGUGUUGUCGUAUCCGGUGAAGGCCAAUUCCACCUUCAAUUCGGAGCGCAUGGAUGACUUUCUGGACGUGGCCAUGGUGGGCACCGAUGUGCUGCGCAAAAAGGGCAGCAAGGCGCGCUACAAGGUUGACUCGGCCAAUGAUUUGAUUGAGCAGCGUUCGGGCUGUGCUGAUGCCUUUGCCGCCUAUGAGAUUGGCAUACCGUUCAGCUUUACGCUCCAGCUGGCGGAUAACGGUGUACAUGGCUAUCUAUUGCCCAGCGGCGCCAUUGAGACAACAGCGCGGGAUGCCUUUGAAAUAGUUAGCGGCAUGCUGGACUACAUCUGAGCCAGUUGGUGGGGAUGCGAGUGUUCACGUUUAAGCGCGCAGCAAAACUCAAAUGUUAGUUCCUUUUUUCUUUUAGCUG